GUUUUGUAAUGGUGAAGAUGAUGAGAUGACUGCGGCUCAGGUGGUCAGGAAGGUUGUCUAGUAGUCACGGCGUUGCUCGUCUCUCCGGUUCUUCCUGUCUACAUGUCAAAGUGUCCUUGAGUAAGACUGUAUAUGAGCACUCCAGGGCCUGCGUGAAGUGCUUUGUUCCAUGCUCAUGUUAGAAGCAUUACACAAGUGCCGUUUAUCUAUAAUGAAUGUUAAUGUAUUCAUGAGUUGUUAUUUGUAGGAUUGCUAGUUGAGUAACAUGUUGUUGUUUAAGCGCAGACCUUUCUCACUACAACUGCUAAAUAUGUAUAUGUAAUUCGGCCUAUUUAUUUUUAAACACAUAUUAUUUGUAAAACUGUCAAUGAUGUUUAUAUAAUUGCUGUGUGAUAUCAUGAUCUUCUCUAUGUGUUUCUCAGCUCACUGCCACAGCCGUCAGGUCUGCCAUGUUGCAAGAUUUGUUGACUCCUUUGGUGAACCCUGUCCUCAGCUGGGGAGCUACCUGUCUGUGGAUUACCACUGCAAAGAUGGCCUCACACUGUUAGUGAGUACAGUGGCUGCUGUUUUCAGUGAUGUUACCAUCGGUGUGAAGUGGCUUUUACAUUUGCCCAGAGGAAACAUUAGCUGCAAGCUGAGUGCUGGGGACAGCCAUAUUAUUUAUCUACAAUUUCAAGAGGGGUUGGAGAGCAGUGUGGUGCACAAAUAUACUCAUCCAAGUGUUUUCAAUGUGGCAGCUGAGUGCACCGGCAAUGACAUACACAUUACAGCUCAGAAAAUAAUAACAAUUCAAGAGCCUAUCACUGAGUUUGGAGUCAUCAGGUGCAAUGCUGGAGACUUGUCUUUUCAAGCAGCAAACUGCAAAGCCCUUUAUGGAAAGCCAUUUAAAAUUCAAAUUGAAGUAAAAGCAGGUACAAAUGUGACCUACAGAAUCCAGAGUGAUGAAGUGAUGUUGUCCAGUAUAUCUGUAGUAAGAGGAAUUGUUCCCCAGAACAUCACAGUGACUCCAGGGAUGGUGAAGCAGCUCGGGCCUGGCUGCCACCAGCUGAUCCUUUAUGCAUCUAACAUGGUCACAUUCCCUGAAGUGUCCACAGACCUGCAGGUGUGUGUGCUGGAGGAUGUAACUGGGCUGGAGGCCUCUGUGUUGGCAGUCAGGGGUGACUGUCUAGACUCUCCAGAUAUUACCAUCGGUGUUUCCCUUGAACGAGGAACACCUGUGCUGCUCCUCUUCUCUCUGACUGGGGACAGCAGCUCAUUCUCUGAGACCAGAGAGAUGAAUACAAGGAAGGAAAUUUUUCAUAUUGAACGUCCAAUUCAAGGAUCUUUGCAAGUGGGACUCCGAGCGUGGAACGUCUUCUCCUCUUUGGAAGUGGAUGUGGAUAUGUUGGCUGCCUGUGAUAAAGAUUCUGUCAUUAAACUAAAUGGUCAUAAUGACUAUUUGUUGACGAGACCGAGAGAGAAACAUGUUAGAGUUGUCAGAGCUCCACUCGAAAUCAUUGCAACACCCUCAGAUUCAGUAACUUCCAAAAAUACACCUGUCACACUUUCAAUAAGUGACACUUUUGUACCAGCUGGCUCGGGCAAACGAUGCCAGUGGUUACACUUGCUAUGCCUGUCUGUUCUUAGUGAUUUCUGGAACAGUGGGUCCUUGAUUUCAGACAGAGAGAAUCCCUGUAAAUGCCAAGGAAGUUGGGUGACAUUGACUCACAUUAUUCGACGAAACUGCCUGCCAGAUCCAUUUCAGUUUAAUAAGUAUCAUUUCAGUGUGAUUGAUCAAGACAAUGCCAUAAAGCGCACUAAAUCCAUAUGCAUCACCUAUACCCCCAAUAGUAACCUCCCAGAUUGGCUAAGUCUCAAGUGUAUUGAAGGCUGUAACUCAAGAAACAAGAACAGAGAUACAAAAAUUAAACUGAAGUGUAAGAAAAAUUGUCCAGCAGUUGUGUGGAAUAUUGAGGAUGUACGAGACGACAAGUUCUGGCCAGCUGAGACAAGGAGCUGCUACCAAAGAGCAAAGACAAGGCCACUUACAGAGAAACAGAAUGGUGGGACUGAAUACACUGUGAAACGAACCACACUUGCACUGGCCAAGUCUAAGGGUCAGAAUGUCAUUGUGGUGAUAACUUCUGAUGUUGUACCUAUUUACGCAACAUACACCAUAGAGACAUCGCCUAAAGAGAAUCCAGUUACUACCACCAAAAAACCAGCUACCACUGUUAAAGAAAAUGCCGGAGGAAGCCAAGAAAAACCUGAUACCACUAUUGGCCCUGCCACUACAUCACCUGGCACUAUCAAUGCUAACACUGUCACUGCUACCCCUGGUGGUACAACUCCACAAGUCACCAACAAGAAUUCUGAUGGCCUCUCAUGUAGCAUAUCACCAAAGAGUGGUACAAUACUUGAGGCUUUCGAUAUAACUUGCAAUACUGAAAUUCCCUGUCCUAACUGUCGGUAUUGUUUUAAGACUGAAGGUAAGCAUGUGCGUUGCAGUAAGAACAAUGAGGUGAAGUCUGUAUUCCUUCCUCUUGGAGACAGCAGCUCCAACUACAAUCUGAUUAUUACAGCAACUGCAAAAAAUAACGGCUUUGUAGCAAACACCACUAUUACUACACAGGUGCUGGAUUCCACUGCGGCCUCCAGCUCCUCUGUAGACCGUCUCAAGGCUACAGUCAAGAAUGCUGUGGCUCAACUUAAGAAACAAGGCCUACUGUCAGGAGAAACUCUAGGACAGAUCUUCAAUUCUGUUUCCAAUAAAUUGAAUGAACAAACGGAUAAAUCGAAAAAAGAUGAUAGGCAAAAGCUUCGUGAGCAGAUGCUGGACAUAAUGGUUGGUACAGUAAAAGUUGUUCCCAGUAAUAUUCCAGAAGAAGUUCAGGUCAUAGCCAGUGGACUUGCUGCUGUCGUCCAGAAAGGCGCUGAACUCAGUGUCCCUGCUCAGGAAGAGGCUUCAGUAUUGUUUGCAAAUCUCAGCUUGUCUCUCCUCCACAUGGGUGUGAAAAAAAGUGAAGAAAACAAGAAACAAAUAUAUAUUGCAGCCAGCACUAUUGUGGAAGGAGUGAGCAAUAUCCUGGACUAUUCUUCCAAUGUGAGUUGUUUAACCUUAAUACAUGCUGGUCAGAUAAAAAACAUCUCUGAUGCCCUUCUCGUUGCUCUGUACAAUACACAGAGCGCACUGUUAACAUUUAAAGAGACAAAUGAGGGGCCAACUAUUAUCCAGCAAGCUCAUAUUGGUGUGUUUGUUAAUAGAGUGACACCAGCAACAUUGCGCCUGGAGUCUAUAAAUAUUCCCAACUGUUCCUGCCCCACAUUUUCUCUCCCAACCCUACCUUCAAACCUGUUUCCUUCGGAAGAACCAGUGGAUAUACGAAUGCUGAGUUUAGAUAAAAAUCCGUUUUCCUGGAAUGAAAGAGGGAACAUCAGCAGCUUAAUAGGUGGUUUAUCCCUCACAACAAAAGAUGGCUCCAGUAUCCCUGUGAAAAACUUGAAUGAGGAUAUAGAGAUUAUGUUGCCAAGGCCUGCUGGAGAGCAGGUGAACACUUCUGUGUUGGACCUGAGGAACUACAGCACAACAAACAUAGACAUUCCUUCAGCUGACACUACAUUGGUGUUAAAGAUGGUGCCUUCAGAGGAGCCUUUACCCUUCAAACUGUUCCUUGGUCAUACGGACUACCCAACCGAAACAAAUUAUGUAGCCAUGACAGAGAUGCCUCACCAGGGAACAACACAAGAGGAGAGAUACACUUGGCUACUAGACCCUAAGAACUUAAAGGGAAACACUGGAACGCAUUACCUUGUAGUGAGGCCCAUAGUGGGCCCAGGAGUAAAAUUCAUCAAUGCCAAUUUGUCAAUAACCGCUAUUGCUACUGCAUGUAAAUUUUGGGAUGAAUCACUUUUGGAUUGGAGUGAUUAUGGAUGCAGGGUUGGUGUUCAGACCACGCAUUUAGUCACCCAGUGCCUCUGCAACCACUUAACCUUCUUUGGAAGCUCUUUCUUUGUCACUCCUAACCUUGUUGACCCAUCACGCACUGCUGAGCUGUUUGGGACCUUUACUGAAAAUCCUGUGGUUGUGUGCUUCGUGGGGGCAAUCUUUGUAGCUUAUCUUCUGGUGGUUGUGUGGGCACGACGAAAAGAUGUUCAAGACACCGCCAAGGUGAAGGUAAGUGUGUUGGAGGACAACGACCCCAUGGAUGAGUACCGCUACCUGUUGAGUGUUAGCACUGGUCAUCGGAGAGCAGCCGCCACUUCCUCUCAGGUGACAAUAACUCUGCUGGGUGCAGAAGGAAACAGUGAGCCACACCACCUGAUAGAUCCAAAGAAAUGUGUGUUUGAGAGAGGUGCGGUGGAUAUGUUCCUGCUAACUACCCCCUUCUUCUUGGGAGACCUGCAGAGCAUCAGGCUGUGGCACAACAACUCAGGGAGGCAUCCUGCCUGGUAUGUAAGCAAUGUCCUGGUGCAGGAUUUACAGACUGGGCAGAAAUGGCAUUUUCUGUGCAACUCCUGGCUGGCCAUAGACAUGGGGGAUUGUUCCCUUGAUAAAGUUUUUCCUGUUUCGACAGAUAUGGAUUUGAAAAGGUUCAGUAAUUUGUUCUUCAUGAAAACAACAAGGGAUUUCAGUGACGGACACCUUUGGUACUCUGUAAUAAGUCGACCACCUAGCAGCACCUUCACUUGUGUUCAGCGAGUGUCCUGCUGUUUCUCCCUACUGCUCUGUACCAUGUUGACUAGCAUCAUGUUCUAUGGCAUCCCAACAGACCCUUCUGAGCAGACCAUGGACCUGGGUCACUUUGAAUUCACCUGGCAACAGCUCAUGAUUGGAGUUCAGAGUUCUCUUAUGAUGUUUCCAUUGAAUAUUCUCAUUGUUAGCAUCUUCAGAAACACUCGUCCUUGGGAGACAUCUUGUUGCAAGCGCAAGCCAGAAAAAUCGAUUGCACUUGAGCAGGAGAAUACUUCACAGACUCGUUCCUCACAGACUGCCACUGCCAACGUGAACAUCAUUGUCACUUUAGAUAGUGUCAUCAAGGAUAUCACAAGAAUCGCCCACUCACUCUCUGAGACUGUGAAAAGCAACAUCCCAUGCACAGACUCUGAAUUUGGACCAGGACAACAAGUUGAUAUCAAUGCUGUCCUUUCUGUGGUGGAAGACUUCAUCAAACAGAACAACAAAAUCAGUGACAACACCCAGUCCACAACACAGAACCUUCACAACUUUGACCAGCCUCAGCUACCAGAAAACAGUGCUAGUGUGCAUCCUAAGACAGCAGUGGAUGGAAUACAGAAGAAAAGCAACAAAACCCAGUAUCUAUACCGGCAGCUGUGUCACAUUGACAGAGAGCUGAGUCUGCUGGGAUCCUCCGGAUUCCCAACCCCACACAGCUACAGUCAGGCUUUGCACCAAGUCCAGGGCAUGAAGGGCUUCCUGGAAGAUCAGCUCUUUACAUCCAGCUGCAUGAACCAAGAUGAACUCACCCAGAAAAACUUUGCAGACAGCAGAGACGGUGAUGGUAAUCAGAAGAAAAGGGUGUGCUGUCAUGGAGGGCUACCCUGGUGGUUUAUUUUUGUCGGCUGGCUGCUAGUGAUCGCAACCAGUUUUGUAUCGGGAUAUUUCACAAUGCUUUAUGGGCUGAAAUUUGGAAAGGAACGCUCUAUAAGCUGGCUGAUAUCCAUGAAUGUCUCCUUUUUUCAGAGUAUCUUUGUUAUUCAACCACUGAAGGUGCUGGGUCUCGCAGUCUUCUUUGCGCUUGUAAUAAAGAAAGUUGAAGAGGAGGAUUUAGAAAAUGUGGCGUUAGAAGGAAAUGACAGGAAUCCAGAUGACUGUAAGGGAACACAAACAGUCGGACGGGACAGCAGUCUUUAUGAGCCACCUCCUCCUGCAGACAUUGAGAAGAUGAGGAUGAACAAGAUAAAGGAACAGAAAGCCUUUGCCCUCCUCAGAGAGAUUUUGACCUACAUUGGGUUCAUGUGGAUGUUGCUGCUGGUGGCGUACGGCCAGAGAGACCCAAAUGCUUUCUUCCUGAACCAACACAUUCGGGAUAGCUUCAGUGAAGACGUCUCAGACAGCAUGAGUCUUGGGGACGUGUUCACUUGGGCCAACACAUCUCUACUCAGUAACCUCUUUGGAGUUUAUCCAGGAUUUAUCACAGAUGGAAACUCCAAACUAGUGGGCAAUGCCCGUCUUCGUCAAGUGAGAGUGCAGAAGAACUCUUGUGAGAUUGCAGACUGCAUGCUCCUCUUUGUGCCAGAUUGUCAUGCUUCAUAUUCUUGGGAGGUGGAGGACAUGGGCUCCUAUGACCCAGGCUGGAAUCACUCUACGAGAGAUAAUAUCUCUAUGAGCACCUUUAGCCCCUGGAAGUACCAGACAGAGGCUCAGCUGAGAGCUUACCCUGUCUGGGGCCAAAUGGUGCUCUACAGAGGAGGAGGCUUUGUCGCGGAGCUCGGCCCAGAUUCACAAAAUGCCAGCAGGACCCUUGAGUAUCUAUUCACAAACAAAUGGCUGGAUGUAUACACAAGGGCGAUCUUUGUUGAGUUCACCGUUUAUAAUGCUAACGUUAACCUCUUCUGCAUCGUGACGCUCUUGUUGGAGACCACAGCUGUAGGAGCAUUUCAGUUCCACAGUGAGCUUCGGACUGUUCGUCUUUACCAGUCAACUGGCGGUCUUCACAUCUUCGUUAUGGCUGCUGAGAUCAUAUACUUGCUUUUCAUCCUCUAUUACAUGUUCCUGCAGGGUAAACUGAUGAAGCAGCAGCGGUGGGCGUAUUUCAGGAGCAAGUGGAACCUUCUUGAGCUAACUAUCAUCAUACUGAGCUGGAGCGCCGUGGCUAUCUUCAUCAAGAGGACUCUGCUUGGGAAUCGUGAUAUGACCUACUACCAAAAUAACAAAGACCAAUUUCCCAGUUUUUACGAGACGGCCACAGCUGAUUCUCUGCUUCAGUAUCUGAUUGCCUUCCUGGUGCUGCUCGCCACAAUCAAACUGUGGCAUCUGCUAAGAUUGAACCCCAAGAUGAACAUGAUCACAGCGACACUGCAGCGAGCCUGGAGUGACAUAUUGGGUUUCCUUGUGAUUAUUGUGAUCAUGUUUAUGGCAUAUGCCAUUCUGUGCAACGUGAUUUAUGGCUGGAAGAUGUCCUCUUACAGAACUUUAUUGGAUGCUCUCCUGACCAUGAUCAGCCUUCAGAUAGGCAUCUUUAACUAUGACGAGGUUUUGGACUACAACCUUCCGCUUGGUGCAUUCCUUAUUGGUUCCUGUAUUGUGUUCAUGACCUUUGUGGUGCUCAAUCUCUUCAUCUCAGUGAUCCUUGUGGCAUUCGAUCAGGAGCAAAUAUAUCACAAGCCCUCAGAGGAGGAGGAGAUUCUCGACCUAAUGUUGAAGAAAAUCUGCAGUCUUUUUGGGAUCAGAUACCAAGUUACAAAAGACACCCCGGGGCCUGACAUGAACAGCAGCAGUGGUUUGAGCCUUAAUAACAGCCGAAAUGUUCCUAGAAAUUCCUCAGUUGAUGUAAACAAUAUUCAGACAUCUGACAACUCUGUAAAUCUCUAGGAAUAUACUGCAGCUUUAUGUGUAUGUGUUUCAUAUUUGGUUGUUUUGUAUGCACUAAUAUCCACUUUCUCAUGUUCAUUAUUCUGUCUUUCAAGGUCAGAGCAUGCUGUGCUGUUUUUUGAAAAUGAUGUGAUAGAUAAUUAUCACAUACAGAAUUAGACUGCCAAUUGCAGGUGUGAAUGAGAUGUUUGCUCAAAGGAUAUUUUAUUCAUAGCAUGUUUUUUUUUUCUCCUAUGACUAUUCCACUCAGCUGCACAGAGAGAAAGUGAUAUAUUUCAGUGUAUACACACACACACACACAUAUACUUACAUAUUCACCAAAUCACUUGUUACAGGUGUGACUCCUAAUUAAUGAUCAGGUGAGACACAACUGACACAUACAAAUGCAAAUACAAAUUAAUAAAAGUUCCAAGAGUAGAAAAAUUACAUCCUAGCAGGUACAGACACAAAUUGUUUAAACCCUAACCCUGACUUGUAAAAUAUCUUAAAGGGGACAUAUUGUGAUUUUUUGCUGGUUUUCUACUUCUUAUUUACUGGUAUGAUGUCAGACAUCUAUGAUAAACAUGGUAAAAGUUCCAAAACUUGAGGUGAAUGUGUGUAGAAAUGCUACCUGCAAGUCAAGCCCAGGCUUCAACCUGCUCUGAACGCUUUGUUUGCAACAUUGGUUGGUUUGUUUACGUAGCCUCGAGUGGCAGGAAACUGUCUGUGAUGUAAUUUCCAGAAUCUAACCAAUCAGAACAGAGUGGGCUCAUCGGGAGGGGGGCCUUAAAGAGACAGUAGCUAAAACGGCCUGUUUCAGACAGAGGCUGAACUGAGGGGCUGCAUGAAGGACUAGUACAAGAUAUAUAAGGACUUUUUAUAACUGUAAAUCAUGUAAAGAUAUUCCAGUAGAGCCCCAGAUUAAAAAUAUAGAUCUGUAAAUGUGCAUGAUAUGUCCCCUUUAAAGAAGAAAUUAACUAAUCAGUAUAAAAACCUGAAGAAAAGGAGAUACGUCAUCUCACGCACUGUAUAUAUUUAAUCUUAAAUGUGUGUUCCACACUAAAAAAGCAUGUCUGAUUCCUGUUUGCAUAUUACUUUCUACACAUAUAUGUUCAUGUCACAAUUGGUUUAGUAUAACUUAUAUUUAACUCAAAAGUAAAAUAUAAAAAUAAAUAUAAAGUUAUUGCACCAAAACAUAUUUGCUAAAAUUAAGAAAAUAAACAUAUGUAUAGGUUUAUUCCAAUGCAUGCUAUAAUAGAGUUUCUCAUUUUGUCUUGUAUUUGUUGAGUACAUACAUAUAUUUGUUCUGUGAGAAUUGUGUAGUUUAAUGUUUUUGGUCAAUUAAAAAGCUCUAUAGCUGACACUCUAUUACCAUUUCUUUUUGUUAUGUACAGUGGUGAUGGUGACGGUUUAGAGUCAAAAUUUAUUUUAUGCAUGUUUUUCACUCUCUUAAAAUUGUUCAUAAAAGUGUCAGAUAAGUAUAUUAAAUAAAAAGGUGUGACUGCCAUUUCUCACAUCAUGUUGAUAAUACUCCUAAUACUUCUUUUUUUAAGUCAGUCCAUUUUCCAGGUGCCUCUUUUAUAUUUAUAUUUUUGAUAACCACUGUUCCGAUAAUAUCCAUAAAGCAGAGAUAGCCUUGUCAUGUGGGAAACGCAUACUGUAAAUAAAGGGGAAAUCAUGUUUACUGAGCAAAACUGGUGAUACAGACCAUAAUGUUAAACGUACAAGUUGACAGUUUACACUAUCACCUCCUAAAAUGAUCACAAACAAGGAGAUACUGUCAGCACCUGACUAACCACACCAGAUUACAGUACCUAUAUGUUCACGAAUAGCCAUGGUAGAUUUUCAUCAAAGCCUGUUGCAGUGAG